AGAUUCUUCUAGACUUGAGUCAACAUAAGGCGAAAAACAAAACCCCUCAAAAACCCUACACAACUACCAGUCAGUAAGAGCUUCAGCUCAGCCAUUUUCUGCGAGCUCUCAUUGGGGAAUUUUGUCGAAGUGUUCUUCACGUUAUUGGAUCAUCAUUAUCAUCAUCAUGUACCGAAUUGCUUCCAGACUUGCUUCUUCAGCGCGCUCAAGUGCUUCGAAGAAAGUGGUGUAUAGUAGGGUUAUCAGUAACAGAAGUUAUGUGGCAAAGGAUAUCAAUUUCGGGGUUGGGGCUCGUGCAGCAAUGCUGCAGGGUGUUAUUGAGGUGGCAGAUGCUGUAAAAGUCACAAUGGGACCAAGGGGGCGGAAUGUUAUAAUCGAGAAAAGCAACGGGAGCCCCAAGGUGACCAAGGACGGUGUUACUGUUGCUAAAAGCAUCCAAUUCAAGGACAGAAGCAAAAAUGUUGGUGCUGAUCUUGUGAAGCAGGUUGCCAAUGCUACUAAUACUGCUGCAGGGGAUGGUACAACUUGUGCUACUGUGCUGACUCAGGCAAUACUAACUGAGGGGUGCAAGUCUAUAGCUGCUGGUGUAAAUGUGAUGGAUGUGCGGAAUGGUAUUAAUAUGGCUGUUGAUGCUGUUGUUUCUGAUUUGAAGAAGGGAGCAGUAAUGAUAAGCACACCGGAAGAGAUUACACAGGUGGGCACGAUUUCUGCAAAUGGUGAGCGGGAGAUUGGAGAACUUAUAGCAAGAGCAAUGGAGAAAGUUGGGAAGGAAGGAGUAAUCACUGUUGCUGAUGGAAAUACUUUGGAUAACGAGUUGGAAGUAGUGGAAGGAUUGAAGUUAGCUCGAGGCUACAUUUCCCCAUACUUUAUUACUGAUCAGAAGACCCAAAAAUGUGAACUCGAGAAUCCUAUGAUUCUCAUUCAUGAAAAGAAAAUUUCAGAUGUGGCCUCCCUUGUGAAAAUAUUGGAGUUUACCGUCAAUAAAAACAGGCCGCUCCUGGUGGUGGCAGAAGAUGUGGAGAGUGAAGCUUUGGCUAUGCUUAUACUGAACAAGCAUCAUGCUGGAGUGAAGGUUUGUGCUAUCAAGGCUCCCGGAUUUGGGGAGAAUAGACGAGCAAGUUUGGACGAUCUUGCUGUUUUCACUGGUGGAGAGGUGAUGAAACAUUCUUACAUAAUGUCUGUACCUUAUUUCUUACUUUGUUGUAUUGGCCUGAGAAACUCUAUCACUGUUUCUCUGGAUGACUCGAUAAUCAUGCAUGGUGGUGGAGAUAAGAAGGAGAUUGAAGAAAGAUGUGACCAGCUUAGGACGUCCAUAGAGAAGAGCACCUCAAUGUUUGACAAGGAAAAAGCACAAGAGAGAUUGUCAAAGCUGUCUGGUGGUGUUGCUGUCUUCAAGGUUGGCGGCAUUAGUGAAGUAGAAGUUGGAGAGAAAAAAGACAGAGUAACAGAUGCCUUGAAUGCAACCAAAGCGGCAGUUGAGGAGGGUAUUGUUCCAGGAGGUGGCGUUGCUCUUCUGUACGCUUCAAAGGCUUUGGACAACCUUAAAGCUGAAAAUGAGGACCAGAAAAGGGGCAUUGAAAUAAUCCAGAAUGCUCUCAAGGCACCUGCACAUACAAUAGUAUCAAAUGCUGGCUUUGAUGCUGCAGUAGUUCUUGGCAAAUUGUUGGAUCAAGAGAAUCAUAACCUGGGUUAUGAUGCUGCCAAAGGUGAAUAUGUGGACAUGGUGAAAGAAGGAAUUAUAGAUCCACUGAAGGUCAUUAGGACAGCCUUAGUAGAUGCUGCCAGUGUCUCGUUGCUGUUGACGACCACAGAGGCUUCUGUGACGGAGAAUCCAAACGAGAAGAAACCUCCCAGUCGAAUGCCAAAUAUGGGUGAUAUGUACUAGAUAUCAUAUUACACAGAUGCGGCUAGUAAAUUCUCUUAGUGAUAGGUUGUUUCAGCGGUCCUUGUUGGUCGAAAAUUUUGAAGGACUCUUGUAGAACUACCGAAGGCAGAUUCGUAAACAGGCAAAAACUUGGACCUUGGAACUGUGGUGGAGGGAAAUAUGCGCCAGGGAGGGCUUAGUGAUUACAAUUCACUUUGUGGAGACUUGGUGUCAAAGCAAUGAACUUGGUAAAAAAUUGUUGAUUAAGUUCUGGCAGUAGCAUUUUGAGGGCAAGUCUUACCAUCAUACAUCAAAACCGAAAAAAAACAAAUCCAACAAGAGAUCCAAGUUGCAAUUGCGUGUCCUAUAAUCCUAUUAUGUUUGCUUAGGUUGACC